AUGUUUGACGAUUAUUACCUGACGAUCCAGAAGAACAGUUUGCACCAGUUCUGGAUGGACCGUCUGUACGAAAGCUGCAACAACUACCGCCCAAAACGCAGCUUCAGCGGGAUGAACUUUGACGCCGGAAAAAGUCGACUUCCCUUCCCGGCCAACUCCUCCAAGCCUGUCCUGAUGAUGACCGGCAACGAGACCACCCUGUUCUCUACAACGCAGUCGCGCUCCAAAAUGAAGGCCGCGAUGUUGCUGCCCAACGAAACGUCCAUCCGUAACCUGCUCAGCAUGGGGCCUUCGGACGUGACCGAUGGCGUACCGUAA